AGAGCUUGUAUCUUUCUUUGUGGAAGCCAGCAGCCUUUUCCCCAUGUUUUAAGAAGUCUAGUUUUAUUUCUUAUAAACAAAUAUGCAAAAGAUAUGGGCUGGGCCCUAAUGGUGGAAUAGUGACCUCUCUCAAUCUCUUUGCUACAAGAUUUGAUCAGGUGAUGAAGUUUAUUGAAAAAAGGCAAAAUGCAUCCAAGUAUGUUAUUAUUGACACACCAGGGCAAAUUGAGGUAUUCACCUGGUCAGCAUCAGGAACCAUCAUAACUGAGGCUUUGGCUUCCUCUUUUCCUUCAGUUGUUGUUUAUGUGAUGGACACCUCUCGCAGCACUAACCCUAUCACCUUUAUGUCCAACAUGCUGUAUGCCUGCAGUAUCCUGUACAAGACAAAGCUACCUUUCAUUGUUGUCAUGAACAAAACUGACAUAAUUGACCACAGUUUUGCAGUAGAAUGGAUGCAGGACUUUGAGACUUUUCAGGAUGCCCUGAAUCAAGAGACAUCUUAUGUCAGUAACCUGACUCGUUCUAUGAGUUUAGUGUUGGAUGAAUUUUACAGUUCACUAAAGGUGGUUGGUGUUUCAGCUGUGCUCGGCACGGGACUGGAUGAUUUUUUUGUUCAGCUUUCUAAAGCCGUAGAUGAAUAUGAGAGAGAAUAUCGUCCAGAAUAUGAGCGCCUGAGAAAAACACUGGAGAAAGCUCAAAAUAAACAAAAGAAAGAGCAGCUGGAACACUUGUGGAAGGACAUGGGCAGCGUGUGCGUGCAGGGCAACACGCUUGCAGGGUCUGAUGAGGCUUCUGCAAUGGGUCCCUCUGAGCUGAUCCUAACACGAGGAACUCUUGAUGAAGACGAAGAGAGAGAGAGUGAUACUGAUGACAUUGACCAUGAAGUUACUGAGGAGAGUCACGAAGAACCAGCCUUCAGAAACUUUAUGCAAGAGACGCGGAUGAAAUACCAGAGAAGCAGCAACCCAAAUGAAUGAGACCUUCAGCAACAGAGGAUUUGGAAUCCCUUGUAAUAGACUUAAAAGUAAAGGAACAGCAUAAAGAAAUUUGC